AAAUAACAAAUGUGAAUGACUGUCAAGUAUCUGAUUAUUAUGAAAAGUUUGAUCUGCAGAUGCAAGGCAGUUCAACGUUCCUCGAUGGGCCCCACAUGCUCUUCUAAUUCUGGCGCGUUAAAAUUAAACACAUCCCCACCCGAGUAUUCUACAGCUUUUCUUAGAGGCCGUAGAGCAGAUACGAACUUCCUUGCACCCGGUACAAUUUUUUAGGCAGCAGCAGUUACAUUCUAUAAAUCGUUAUUAAAGUUAAAGUUUUUAUUUAAAUAACAAAGUAGAUCUAUUUAUUUUGUGAAUACCACCAUGUGUUUUACGUAAAAAGUUGUUAAUCUAAAUUAUUCGAAUAACAUUUUGUGCAAAUAGUAUAGUGAAUCGAGCCGACCAACCUCGACCUCAGCGAUGAGCGACACCGGCAAGACGGAGGGCAGCUGCGCCGUCUGCAGCAAGGCGGCGACAACGCGCUGCGGGAGCUGCAAGCUCGCCUUCUACUGCGGCAAGGAGCACCAGCGCGAGCACUGGCCGCGCCACAAGACCAGCUGCCGAGCUUACGAGGAGCGCGAGAACCAGGAGCUGGGCCGUCACCUGCUGGCGACGCGCGAUCUCAAGCCCGACGACCUCAUCAUCUCCGAGGCGCCGAUCGUCUGGGGCCCCUCGUCUCACGUCGAAGAGCGCGUCUGCGUCGGCUGCGGUGUCAGGGACGCCGUCUGUCGCUGCCCAAACUGCGCCUGGCCUGCCUGCAGACUCGCCUGCGACGGACUCGUCGACGAGAACCGACACGGCUACGAGUGCGGCAUCCUCGCCAAGGCCCGACUCAUGCCCAGGUGCGACUACCUGCUGAUACUGCGAGUGCUGAUUCUGCGCCGCAAGAACCCGAAGAAGUGGCGCGUCCUGUCGAAGCUCCAGAGUCACGAAGAGAGUCGAGGUCCCGGCACCGAGGCCCACGAGGAGAUGGAGGCCGUGAAGCAGUACCUCGGCUCCCUGCUGUCCCUGGACCAGGGAUCGGCCGAGGCUCUGCCCAAGGUCUGCGGCCUCAUCGACGUGAACGCUCUGGAAACCAACCCGCCCGAAGGCUCGGCAGCCAUUUACGAGACCGCCUGCCUCCUCGAGCACCGCUGCGUCGCCAACACGAGGUACAGCUUCGAGCUCGACGAGCAGGGCAGGCCGAGGAUCAACGUCUACGCCGUCACGGACAUCAAAAAGGCCGACCACCUGAGCACGACGUACACGCACGUGCUGUGGGCGACGCGGGUCCGGCGGGAGCACUUGCUCGCGACCAAGUACUUCAGCUGCCGGUGCGAGCGCUGCGCCGAUCCGACGGAGCUCGGCAGCCACCUCGGCACGCUCAAGUGCCCCUGCGAGAAGGGCUUCGUCACCCCCGACGAUCCCCUCAACCCCGAGACCGACUGGUCCUGCAAGGACUGUCCCGGCGUCCUGAGCGCCGGAGAGGUCGCCCAGCUCACCGACAGACUCGGCGAGGAGGUCGACGCAGCCAUGAGCGCCGCCGACAAGGACAUCAUGUCCGACCUGCUGUUCCGCUUAACCGUACUGCUGCAUCCGUGUCAUCAGCACUGCCUCACGAUCGGCCAUUCGCUGAUGCAACUGCUGCCCGCCGACGACCCCAAGAAGGCGGAACUCUGCCAGCGAAUGAUCGACACAAUCGCUCUGGUCGAUCCUUACGGGGCGCGUCUGUCGCUGUACCGCGCGAUCGCGUUGCGCGAGCUGUCGAUGUGUCCCGGCCAGGACAGGAACGAGCUUUUGUUCAAGGCGAUCCAAGCCCUGCGCUACGAGCCGCCCCACAGCGCGAGCGGCUUGCUGGCUAAAGUCAUACUGGCUGAGAUCUGAGUCGUUUUUUUUCUCUUGUGGGGUAUAGAACGUUAUUUGUAUUUGCGACCGAGAGAAUGCGUUGGUCUGCUUUUUGCUAUGAUGACUAUAUAAAUGACCGCAUUGAUAUUGAUUGCUUUAUCUUUUGAAUGGCGUACAGGCAGGGGUAAAUUAUUAGCUGGGUGAAUGGCGAAAUCGUUGGGAGAGUACAAGGAUAUCGUAGGCGACACACGCUCGACAUUUCUUUGCAAUUCCAAUGCCAGAGUAGCUUGCUGAACGAGAAUGUAAAUAUUAAAUAAAUACAUUUAUGCGGCAGGCUUCUCGCAAAAUUAAGUAAAUACUUUCAGACGCUGAUUAGCUAUUAUUGGAUCGCUAUAAAAGACCAUCGAGAUUAUUUGCAUCAUCUACAGUUAGAGUGUAGAUAGCACAUUUCGUUAUUAUUUGGACGAAACAGUAAGCUAUAUAGUUUAUAAUUAUAAAUUUAUACAUCAAAUAAUACAAUAAAUCAAAUGAUUAUUUCUUA